AUGAAUUGCACCUUCAAACAGAAUGAAAAUCUGUCUGACAUUUUUACUUUAGUUGAAGAUUAAGAUGAACAUAUAUUUAGAUUUAUAAUAUAAAUUUUUCAGAAAGAAAAUGUUUAAGACUGUAUAGAUUAUCUUUCAGAUAAUGGAAAUCAAAGAAAAUUUGAAUCGUAUAUUUAACAAGGAAUGGAUUUAAUAAACGUUGAUAAGGAAUACAAGUUUUAUGAUGUUAAUAAUAACAUUAAACAACUUACUUAUGUCUUAAAGAAAAUAAAAGAUCAUGAAUUUAAUAAGAUAGACUUUUCCAACUAUAAAAAUAAAAAAAAUAAGCAAGAUUUAAUUAUAUAUAUAAAUUACAAAAGGUAGAUCGUUGAGUUUUUAAAAUUUUUAGUACACCUCACGUCUAUUGAUAAUACUUUUAUAUAAUGUGGGUCAAAUUCAUUAAAUUUAUUAGUAGACAUGAAGGUUGACCUGACAAACAACAGUUUUGAGAAUAUAAAAAUUUAGAAUAUUUCUUUAGUAGGAGCUAAUUUUGUGGGAUGUAAUUUAAGUGGAUCAUAAUUUUUUAAUGUAGAUAUUAAUGGAAUAAAUUUAAAUGGAGCUUAACUUAUAAAUUGUAAAUGGAAUAAUAUUAAAACAGGAAAUUUAUUUAAUAAAUUAGAUGGUCAUACUCGUAGUGUCCAAUCAGUAUGUUUCUCUCCAGAUGGUAGAACGUUAGGAUCUGGUAGUUGGGAUAGGUCUAUCAUUUUAUGGGAUGUUUAGACAGGAUAAUAAAAAGCCAAAUUAGAUAAAAAUAUUGAGGCUGUCUGGUCAGUCUGUAUAUCUCCUGAUGGUACUACAUUAGCAUCUGGUACUGAAGAUAAGUCUAUCAUUUUAUGGGAUGUAAAAACAGGAUAAUAAAAAGCAAAAUUAGAUGGUCACACAAAGGCUGUCUAAUCAGUAUGUUUCUCAUCUGAAGGUUCAAUAUUAGCAUCUGGUAGUGCUGAUUGUUCUAUUCGUUUAUGGUAUGUCAAAACUAGGAAAAAAAAAUUAAAAUUAAAUGGACAUUCUAAGAGUGUUGAAACAAUAUGCAUCUCUCCUGAUUGCACUUUAUUAGCAUCUGGUGGUAAAGAAGGUUUAAUCCUAUUAUGGAAUGUUAAGACAGGAUAUAAUAUAAAUAUUUUAAAAGGGCAUAGAUCGAAUGUUAAUACUAUUUGCUUCUCUCCUGAUAGUACUAUUUUAGCGUCAGGUAGUGCAGAUAAGUCUAUCCUCCUAUGGGAUAUUAAAACAGGAUAGUAAUAAAUCAAAUUAGAUUGUCAUACUAGUUUUGUCUUGUCAGUCUGUUUUUCUCUUGAUGGCAAUUUAGCAUCUGGGAGUAGCGAUAAAUCUGUCCGAUUCUGGGAUACUAAAACAGGAUAAUAAAAAGCAAUCAUUUCAGGGUUUAAAAGUGAUGUCAAUGCAGUAUGCUUCUCUCCUGAUUGCACUAAAUUAGCAACUGGUUGUGGUUAUAGUAAUUGCGAACUAGUUGAUAUUUAUGGAUAAUACAAUAUCUUCUACAAUUAAUAUGGAUGUGGUGAUUGUUCUAUAAAUUUAUGGGAUGUUGAUACAGAGUAAUAAUUAAGCAAAUUAGAUGGUCAUAAUCAUUUAGUCAAAUCAUUAUGUUAUUCACCUGAUGGUUCUACAAUAGCAUCUGGAAGUUAUGAUAAGUCUAUCCGUUUGUGGGAUGUAAAAACUGGAUAAUAACAAAUGAAAUUGUGUGGUCAUGAAUGUAUAGUAAACUCAAUAUGCUACUCUCCUGAUGGUUCUACAUUAGCAUCUGGAAGUAGUGAUUAAUCGAUAGGUUUAUGGGAUGUUAAAAUAGGAUACUAAAAAAGAAAAUUUUAUGGUCACAAAGGAACAGUUUUAUGUGUAUGUUUUUCUGUUGAUGGCGCUACUUUAGCUUCUGGUGGUUAUGAUUAGUAGAUAAUUAUAUGGAACGUUAAAGCAGGAUAGUAAGAAAAAAAAUUUUAUGGCCAUGGCGAUGCUGUUUUAUCCUUAUCUUUCUCCCCUGAUGGUGCUACUUUAGCUUCUGGUAGUUAUGAUUAGUAGAUAAUUAUAUGGAACGUUAAAGCAGGAUAGUAAAAAAAAAAAUUUAUGGCCAUGGCGGAGCUGUUUUAUCCGUAUCUUUCUCCCCUGAUUUUUCUAUAUUAGCAUCUAGUAGUAAUGAUACUUCAAUACGUUUAUGGGAUGUUAAAACAAGCUAAUAGAAAGCUAAAUUGGAUGGUCAUACUAAUGCUGUUCAAUCAGUAUGCUUCUCUCCUGAUGGUUCUACAAUAGUCUCUUGUAGUAGGGAUAAAUCUAUACGUUUAUGGGAUGUUUAAACAAGAUAAUAGAGAGCCAAAUUGGAUGGUCAUACUCAUGCUGUUCAAUCAGUAUGCUUCUCUCCUGAUGGUACUAAAAUAGCAUCUGGCAGUGGUGAUAAAUCUAUACGUUUAUGGAAUGUUAAAAAAGUUUAAUAAAGAGCAAAAUUAGAUGGCCAUAGUCAUUUUAUUAAUUCAGUAUGUUUCUCCCCUGAUGCUUCUAUAUUAGCAUCUGCUAGUAGUGAUACUUCAAUACGUUUAUGGGAUGUUAAAACAAGAAAAUAGAGAGCCAAAUUGGAUGGUCAUACUAGUGCUGUAUAUUCAGUAUGCUUCUCUCCUGAUGGUUCUACAAUAGCCUCUGGUAGUUAUGAUAAAUCUAUCCGUUUGUGGGAUGUGAAAACUGGAUAAUAAAUUGUCUAAUUGAAUGGUCAUAGUGAUUACCUAUAAUCAGUUUGCUUCUCUCCUGAUGGUACUACAUUAGUAUCCGGUAGUGAUGAUAAGUCUAUUCGAUUAUGGAAUGUUUAAACAAGCUAAUAGAAAGCAAAAAUGGAUGGUCAUGAUAGUACUGUAUAUUCAGUAUGCUUCUCUCCUGAUGGUUCUACAAUAGCCUCUGGUAGUUAUGAUAAAUCUAUCCGUUUGUGGGAUGUGAAAACUGGAUAAUAAAUUUUCUUAUUGAAUGGUCAUACUAGUGCUGUAUAUUCAGUGUGCUUCUCUCCUGAUGGUUCUACAUUAGCAUCUGGAAGCUGUGAUUAAUCUAUCCGUUUAUGGGAUAUUAAGACAAGAUAAUAAAAAGCCAAAUUUGAAGGUCAUACUCAUUAUGUCAACUCAAUAUGUUUCUCUCCUGAUGGUACUACAUUAGCAUCUGGAUGUUGUGAUUAGUCUAUCCGUUUAUGGGAUAUACAUUCAGGAUAGUAAAUAGUCAAAUAUGAUGGCCAUGCUCAUUUUGUCAACUCAGUAUGUUUCUCUUCUGAUGGUUUGAUGUUAGCAUCUGGUAGUUAUGAUAAAUCUAUCUUUUUCUGGGAUAUUCAACCAUAUAAAGAACUUGACCCCUAUCAAAUAAGUUACAAUAAUAUUCUAGCAUAAUUUAAUCAACCUCUUUAUACCGAAAGUAAUAAUUUUAUUUAUAAUUUAUUAGUAAACACUUAUAUAACAAUUCUAGAAAUAUCCAUAUCACCAAAGUUGUAAGCAUAAGGAGCUUUAAUACUUAAAGGAGAAUUUACAAACGAAUUUGGAAACGACUUAAGAUCAUUUUUCAAAUCUAAAGGAAGUUUCAUUUUGGAAAGCUAAAUAGAAUUUUAGAAAAAAUAGAAUUGA